AGAGGAAAGAGGAAGAGGAAAUGAGACUAAUCAUAAUAAAGUCAACCACAAAGAGGAAACAGCGCCAUCACAAACAGAUCUGUAGCAGAGGAGAAACGGCAGACAACUUCUGCCUGCUGACGGAGAAUGACUCUACUGGAAUUAAUUCUUAUUUUGGUGCUUCAGUUUGAAGGCAUCAGUGGAGCAGACAUCUUUCUCUACCACAGACCUGGAGACGAUGCCAUUCUGUCCUGUGAUGGUGUUUCAUCUUCUGACAGAAUUUGUUCCACAGUUAGCUGGCUUUACAACAAAGAUCUGUCUCAGACAUUUAAUCUGGUUAAGAAUGGAAAUGUUGUGAAGAACUCAGCCCGAGCUGCCAGGAUGAGUGUGGACACCAACUGCUCUCUGGUCAUCAACAACAUCACUGCUGAGGAUGUUGGUUUAUACACCUGUCGACUGAGUUCUAAACUGGACAGUGCUGUGCUUCUAAGUAUUAUCACAAUCUUGCCAUCUCCACCAGAUGCUGACGGAAAUGUCACAUUAGAGUGUUCUCUGCUGAGAUACAGCGGCCUCGGUCCUUAUCGAACAGACAGCAUCCGCUGGGUGAAUGAAACAGGCACUGUGCUGCUUGGUGAAGGUGUCGGAUACGAGUUCAUCAGACAGACAAACUGUGUUUCUGUUCUGACUGUGAAGCGUCAGAGUGGCCACAACAGGAGAUACACCUGCCAGGUGGUCGAGAGGAAUAAAGUCCAGAUAGAGGCUCACUACACACCUGUCUUCACAGAAUGGACAAAUGAUGAUCAGACAGACAAGUCCAAUACAGGUCCCUCUCUUUACAUCAUCACUGGUGCAGUGGUCGGGGUGGUGGUGGUGGUGGUCGUCAUCAUUGCUGUCUUCAUCAAAUUCAGAAAGAGACACACAGUGACAGAAGAUUUUCCAAAAACAGUCAAUCCCCCUGAUCCUCAGGAACCUCAGGAUGAGCCAGAUGGCAGUCUGACCUAUGUCACUGUUAACCAUGCCAAUCAAAAGACAGCUUCCAAGGAAAAGGUGAAGGAGGAGGAGGUGACUUAUUCUGCAGUCAUGACUCCAGCGACGAUGGAAGCAGACGAUGAUCCCAGCAGGAUCUACAGCUGUGUCAGCGAUUAACAAUAAAUGAGAGGAAAGAGGAAGAGGAAAUGAGACUAAUCAUAAUGUAGGUGCAUUCAUAAAACCUGCUGAGUGUUUUCUGUCUGUAAGGGAGUGGACAGUUGGAUCAUCAAACGUUGAGUAGUUGUUUCUAGUUUUUGUUGGAUUUGCUUUGCUCGGCAUUAAGAUGAUCAUUCUAUUAAGAUGAUGGCAGAAGAGCUUUGUGAUCCAUUACUUAGCCAGAGUAUGAUUUUAAAUAGAGGAAAUUGACAGCAUCAUCAACAAGUGACAUUACACGUUCUAACGAUAGAUUGCAUUUACAUGUUGAACUUUGUGUUAUUUCCAUCAGUUUAGUUUGACAAGUUGCAACUAAAAUACUCAUCCAAACUAGUCGAAUGUGUCCUUGCUGUCAAACAAAUUUUGCAUUUUUUGUGAACAUAUCAAAGUAUAGCAUCCACAGGUUCCCCGACUUGGGUUUUUACAUUGUAAGUGGUGGACUAUGACCCUUUCUUAUUGUGUUUAUGUUUAUGUUUUUUUAUGUUUUGACAGUUGCAGUACUUCAGUUUGUUGUAAUUUUGUGUCAUAUAGCAUUAGCAUUGCUGUGAUAUCCAUGAAAAAAAUUAAAUAAAACAAAUUAGUUUAUUGUUAGUCAGUUGUUAGUUUUUUUAUUAUUGUUAUUUUUUUA